GGUAUAGCAAUCAACACUGACCGCCUUCAACAACAAAUCGGUCACGUGAACACUCCUCCCAAAAGCGAAAGACUUUACUACUCAAAAGUUUGGCAACCUCCAACAUGUACUCGUCUUCUAGUAGAUUUCGCGCCGUGAGUUCCGCAGUUGGGCAAUUUAUGUCUGACGAUGAUGUAGGCAUAAGAAAAGGCAAUUUCCCCGGCCUCUACGAGGAACUAUCAAGCAUUAAACAAGAAAUCAAGAGACUCUACAAACAAGUUGACGGCUAUGAUGAUAAAUAUAGUAGCAUCAGAGCCGACCUGGAAUUGCUCAGACGCGCCAAUAAGGAAUAUGAACUGAAAGUAAGGGACUAUCUAGACGUUUUCGAUAAGAAGACGACCUCAUCCUUCGUGUCGACACCUAGGGUGUCCUCGACUGGAAGGGUAGCUGGCAGCUACCGGAGCUAUUCCGGGCUUAGUGACGACUCCAGAUCUUCGUCACGUAGUGGAAUUCAUCUCGCCGGCUCCGAUUACGAGCCGAUUGAUGACGAUGAUAUCCCGACGAGAAGUUCGGUGGCGAGAGAUAACAAUGAUGAUGUGCCGAGCAAGGGUUCGGCGGCGAAAAAUUACGACGACGAAGAAGACGCCUUUGACUCCGAAACGGACUGCUAGAUUAUUGUUUCAAUUAACAAGAUGCCAUAUGUUCUUUGAUUAUUUUGUACUAAUUUUUGAAUUUCCGAAAAAAUUACCAGACCUGUCGUGCAUUUGGUCUGUUGUCAUGACGAUUUGUGUCUAGUAUUCAGGGUAAAUUCGAAGAUGGUUAUGAUUUUUGUAUGUCGUCUUUAGUUGGAAGAUUUUCACCAUCUUGAACGUUACCCAGAAUGCUUUUGGGAGCAAGGUCGCCCUUGUCUUUCUGGAAUGUAGCUUGUAAAAAUGAUUCAGUUGUGCUUGUUUGCUCAUCAUAUUCCUUUGAGUGAUUGGAGUUCAGAAUAAAAGGGAGCAGCAGUA